AUGAAAUGUACUGCUUGUCAAUUAGAUAUAGUUGAAAAUAAAAAAGAGCAUUAUAAAUCAGAUUUACAUAAACUUAAUGUGCAGAGACAAAUGUAUCAUAUUCCACCAAUUAGUCUGCAUGAAUUCGAACUAGAAGGCACUAGUUCUGAUAUUUCUUUAGAUAUUGGUGUUAACAAUGUUGAACAACAUAAAGUAAGUAAAAAGAAAUCUGAAAAAAAAAAUAAAUUACGGAAAGCUUUAGAAAUUUGUUUAUUUUGUGAAAAAGAAGAAACAUUUGAACACUAUUUAGAACAUGAUUUUAAAGAAUUAGAAGCACAGUAUCUUCUUAAUAAGACGUGUUAUGUAUGUAAUGAAGGAUUUACAACUAAAUCGGGUCUUAAAGAGCAUCUUGAGACUGAUAACCAUCGUACUGCCUUUAUUAUAGGAAGUAAUUUAGUAUUAGAAAAUGGUAAAGUAAUUUUUAAUAGAAAUAGAAGUGUAGAAGGUGGGCAAAUUGUACAGUUUUCUAAUCGAAAUCAUCAAAUAAUAAAUUUUACGCCUAAAAAAGAACAUUUUAAAGAUAAAAAUUAUGAAGAAAAAAAUAAACUUAAAAUAAGCAUGAAUAUGAAUUCACAAAAACAUUUUAGACCUGAUUGGAUGCAAUAA